UCUCGCAUCCUCUACGCGACGUCUCGCCUUCUCCAACUUCCAAACUUCUCCAAACACAGAUCAAUUUCCAACAACUAUUCCUGGAACCUCGAAUACAUUGCUUGGCAAUCCAAUCGUUUCGCAAUACUCGGUCAUCAGCGGUACCAAACCACACCGCGACAUCACAAAGCCAUGCCUUCACACGAAGCCCUCGCGGCCGCUUCCAACGACCGCAAAGCCCGCCUCGCACAGCUCAAGUCCCUGAAGAGGAAACAAGCGCCCACCGAAGACGACUCUCACAAUGACAGCCCCGACCCCUCCACAGCCCUCGUGCGGACAGAAGCAGAAGAAGAGCCGUCAGAACGCCCAGUGACAGAGGUAUUCCUGAGCGGCCGCAACUUCGACCCCACGACGCGAAACGUGCGCCUCGCGUUCGAAUCAGGACCCAUCGGCGACCCCACGCAGACGUUAGAGUACAAGGCGGCGCAGAUAGCGCUUUCGUCGAAGGAAGCGCAGGCGAAGGAGGCGAAGGAAGAUCAGCCGUUGGACCUGUUUAAGUUGCAGCCGAAGAGGCCGAAUUGGGAUUUGAAGCGCGACUUGGAGAAGAAGUUGGAGAGUGUGGAUGUGUGGACGGAGAAUGCCAUUGCGAAGCUUGUGAGAGAGCGCGUGGAGGGGCAGAAGAAGGCGAGGUCGGGGCAAAGGGUGGACGGGGAUGAUGAGCGUCAGGAGGUGGGCAUGGAGGGCAGUGAGCUUGUGGAAGCCAUGCAUUUGAAAGAGCAAGAAGAGGAGGCGGAGCGGAAACGAGGGGACGAGGACGAUGGGAGCUGAGUCGGUCGCAGUGCGAUGAGGAAAUUACACCAUUAGCCAGUCCCGUGUACAUUUACACAGCCUGUCGCCGUACAAGAGCCAUACUGAGUGUCGUGCGCCCUAUCAGGAUUAUACUUCACGCUGCGCUCAUGAAAAGAAGCCUAGAGAGGCGCGGAUACCCAUGGGGGAGAGCAAAGGGUUGAGGUAAUACAGAAGCGGGAUAUCAAUGUUUGGGUAUUAAAGUUCAGCUACUAUGCUAAGGUUGCCAUCAAACUCCAAUCCAAAAGUUGUGCACCAAUACCUAGCCCUAAUCCAAUAUUCUAAUACAUUUA